AUGGCUGCAGAUCCAUCUAGCCAAAUAAAGCGACGUCAAAAGAACGAGAAAUCCAGGUUUAAGCGGCACUCUGACCGUUUAUUGGAGCACAGCGACGAGUUCGGAAAGCUGUUUGAUGCCAAAAUCUAUCUCCUUAUUCAAAAUCAGAAGGGGGACCUGACAAUAUACAAUAAUCGACUCGAGAACGAGUGGCCACCUUCUCAGUCUGAACUUCUGAGACUCUCCGAGCACAGUAUCUCACAGAAUUUAAACAGAGGCGACCGCAAGGACUUCUCUGGCCAGACCCACAAGAAAGACCGGACCAAGUUUGAAAAGAAGAAAGAUCAGCUUCUACAGUACGGAAAUAGCAUUGCUCAGCAGUUUGCUGCGAAUGUUUACCUUGCAAUUCAAUGUCGGACAGGAUACACAAUUGUCCACAACAGCAGUUCUUCAAAGAACUGGCCACCAUCCAGACGGCAAAUUAAGUUGCUCUUUCCUUCUGCAAAAAGGAAAUACCCGGAAGAUUUUGACGGAAGCCCGGACCUUUUACAGGCAUCCUCCCGAAAAAAUUUUGAGGACACAUCUCUUAAAUAG